GAACAAACUUGUGUCAUGAAAUUCGGCAGUUGGACAUAUGAUGGAUUCCAGGUUGACUUGCGGCACAUUGAUGAACUAAACGGUACCAAUGUGGUUGAGGUUGGUGUGGAUUUAUCAGAGUUUUAUACAUCCGUUGAAUGGGACAUAUUAGAAGUACCUGCUGUAAGAAAUGAAAAAUUCUAUACGUGCUGCGACGAGCCGUACUUGGAUAUCACGUUUAAUAUCACAAUGCGCCGUAAAACGCUCUUCUAUACAGUUAAUCUCAUUAUACCGUGUAUGGGAAUCAGUUUUUUAACGAUUUUAGUAUUUUAUCUGCCAUCAGAUAGUGGUGAAAAAGUCUCAUUAAGCAUAUCCAUUUUACUGUCGUUGACUGUGUUCUUCUUGCUGCUGGCGGAAAUUAUUCCGCCAACAUCGUUAGUUGUGCCGCUUUUAGGGAAAUUUGUACUUUUUACAAUGAUACUCGACACAUUCAGUAUAUGUGUGACGGUGGUAGUACUAAAUAUACAUUUUCGCUCACCACAAACACACAUUAUGGCACCGUGGGUGCGAACAGUGUUUAUCAAUCAACUGCCACGGUUUCUGGUUAUGCGACGACCGCUCUAUCCCAUAAGUGAGAUGAUUAAAACAUCACGCCAACUGAUGCUACGCACAUGUAAUGGAUUCGAACUUAGGGAUCAAAUACCACCGCUGCCACCACCUGUAGCCUUAUCACGACUACACCAUAGUCCGCAUAAAACUUCACGUAGCACCUCGCCUCACCUGCAACACCGAGUACAAAGUCUCAACCUAUUGGACGAAAUCGGCGGACCAGGCGCCUUGGCUGCUGCUGGCAAUAUCGGCUUUGGUGCCAAUUGUGUUCCAGCUGCCGCCACCAUAAGCGGCAAUUUUAUAUAUCCUUGUACGGUGAAUCAGGAAACCUCCACCACCAGUUCCCUGGUCGAUACGCUGCAUCACAGCCAGUAUCAGCAGACGGGCGAUUCGCUGCUCGACCAUCCCCUGACGCCAACGAAAUUUCGCCAGAAAACCUCAACAUCGGUGCAGACGAACGGCUUCGGUUGUGUGGAGUCGUCGACCUCGCAGUACAGCGGUUACGGUACCAUCCAUCAUCCGCCACAUCAUCAUCAACCCCUCUAUCAUAUGGGCCAAUCGGCCACCAAGUCCUCAUCCACCACCACCCUGCAUCAGCAACAGCAACAACACUCGCAUCCCUACCAUCUGUACCGUCAACAAUCCACUUGUUCGGCGAACUUUUCGCCAGUGCCUGCUCCCCUGCACCCGCAUCAACAGCACCAGUCAACUACGACAUGUGACCUGAUAGGCAAUACAAAUUCGAAUGUGAUAAAAUCGACGACUACUGUGAAUUCGGUGGCCACCGCCUCAACGCUGGCCGGUUCAUGUUGUAGCGUUAGCGGAACAGUGCAAAUACAUCAGGGCCUGGGUACGGGGGCGGCAUGUGAAUCGGCUGCGGCGACAGCGACUGGUGGCCAAUCGGCUGCAGCCGGGAGCGCAAAUCGCCAGAGCGCAGCCGUACAGACCAAUCCAACUGCCACUGCCCGUGCCGAAGUUCUGCCCGAAUGUCAGCGUGAGGGUGGUCCCCAUUGUUGUGAGGUAAAGGAGAAGAAGCUGAGAAAUCGCUGGCACAAAUGUCCCGAACUGACAAAGGCCAUGAAGGGCGUUACCUACAUAGCCGAUCAGACGCGCAAAGAGGAGGAGAGCACAAGGGUCAAAGAAGAUUGGAAAUUUGUGGCCAUGGUACUGGAUCGUCUUUUCUUAUGGAUUUUUACAAUUGCCGUUGUGGUUGGCACGGCUGGCAUUAUUUUGCAGGCCCCCACGCUCUACGACACACGCAUACCCAUCGAUGUUAGAUUAUCUGAAAUUGCAUCGACCACAGCCAAGCCGAACGCUGCCAAGCCCGUGUUGUAAAUACUUAUGAAAUGUAAAAGUAGAAGAAGAAGAAGAAAAAUGUCCGAAUAACAAAAAAACAACAAUUGACUACCCCGCCCCAGAAAAAAAAAACUAGUAGAUAUUCUUCUUUCACUUUCACUCAAAACAAA